GCACAAAAAAGUAAAUGGCAAGGCUGAGAAUCAUCUUUCAUUGAAAUGUCAGAGAUAAAUGGCUCAAAUGUCACAUCAAUUAAAACGGGGGACAGUUAGUAGUUCAUUAGAGAGAGCCAUAUUGCACCGUCGGGUAGCGCUGCCAACCCUUGCUAUCUGGGGCAGACUGGCAGAGGGUCCAGAUGGCACGGAAAUCCUCAAAGAUUUGAAAAUGUUCUCUGCAGGGGUGGCGUUUUCUCCCCGCUCCCACCCUUACCACUGAGUGGGGUGUGGGCCUUGCCUGGCUUGCCACCCACAGAAGCUCAAUUGGAAACUUGCAUGGAAAUAUAGUACAGAGAAAGUGUAGAGAGUAGGCCUACCUAGCUGCUGCAAGCUCAUGAAGAUACAUGAGUUAUGAGUGGAUCAAAGAAGCACCAGGAAAGUUGUGGGUGUCACAAAUAUUUUCAUGGCAAUGACAUGAAGAGUCCGAGUCAGUGCAGACAGAGGACCAUCUCGUUGCAAAGUCCCCUGGGAAAGAUCCAAGUCAGCGGAUGUGAAAAUGGUGUGCACACCAUCCAGAUCUUAAUGGAUGUUCCACUUGCAGAAAGGAGUGGCGACACAUCCCUAAGCUGUGUGGUCACUGUUAGUAAUGGCCAAGAGGAAAUGGGCCCAGAGUUGCAGUACUGCGUGGAAUGGCUUCGGGCCUACUUCAGCGAGCCGUGGACCGUGGGGAGGCUCCCACCCCCAGUCUUUCAUCACCCCACCCUGCAUGGAGAUUCCUUCACCAGCCGGGUUCUGCAGACUCUUGUGCGGGACGUGAAGGUGGGAGAGACGGUGUCGUAUAAGCGGCUGGCUGAGAUGGCAGGAAACCCCAGGGCCGUGAGAGCUGUGGGAGGGGCCAUGAGGAGGAACCCGGUGCCUCUUCUCAUCCCCUGCCACCGCGUCAUCUCCAGCAGUGGUCAGAGUGGGAUGUACAUGGGCGGCAAAGGUAACCAUCUCAAACAAUGGCUGCUCACCCACGAGAAGGUCAGAGAGGAAGACUGAAGCACAAUGACGUGAUAUAGUAAGACCAGUGUGGGGUUCUAUUUUACAAAGCAGGGUUGACGUGUUAUCCAGACAACUACUAGAACCAUUCUGAAACCACUGUACUUCCUGAAGCAGUUAAGAGCUUUCUUUGUGUUAUAUGAGUGAACACCAACUAUUAUUUUUGACUGUUAACUCCUUUAUCCUGCUUUGUGAAAUACAACAGUAAGCAAGAUGCGAUGUCAACAAUGAACCACAGCUGAGGAAACCUGUACAUAGUUGCGUGACAUGUGCACAUGGGGCGGCUUCACAGUUGAAAUGUGUGUCAGCUGUGCCUUAUUUUGAAAAUGCUGUCUAUAACCCAAGGGAGAGCUUUCAUGUUUUGAUUUUAUAUCUGCUUCUGUUCUGCUUUGUCCGACUGUCCAGUCUGUGUUCUAAUUGAAUUCAUGUGAAAGAAUAAAGUGUUAGUGGGGUUAGUGUAGAGGCCUCAGUCUGCGCCCCCUCGUUGACCCUCAGUUUUAGAACGGCAGUAACAACGCUUUCUGCAUUCCGGCAGCACAGUGAAAUAGAUUCUAACUAUACUGCAGUGGGACAAGACAGGACAAUCACACCCAUAAAGAACAACUAUGUGUAUGCCAAUACUACUGGUCUUAUGUUCUACUAAUCAUACUGUAUAGUUAAUGUUGGUCUGAAAUUAGAAGGCACUAAAAUAACUUUAACAUUGAACAUUAGGAAUUACAAACAUAUGUUCCCAUGGGUGCCAGUUUGGGUUGCCAGUUAUUGUUGGAAUGGUUUCUCUAAAUAAUUAUUUCCCCAAAAAUAUGUCACUUGAAUCGUUUUCCUCCCUAUGCUAAAUCACUCUUUGUACCUUUCAUUGGUUAUUGUAUUUCCUGCCAAGUGAAUGCUUUGUUCAACAUCCAGGAAAAAGGCUUGAAAUUGUUUGUGAGUCAUUAGUUUUUCUUCAUUUAAGAUUCACCUACAACGACAGUGUUGAAAUGUAUUUCAAUUUUUCAUAAAUACAUUUAAAGUUUCAAAAGCUUCAUCUUGCAUAACCAGUCACUUAAUUAUUUUAAAUUUUGUAGUUAGACCGGAACAAACUGGAGAUAUAGUUUGCAAUAGAUGUUAUUGUGUUCAGUUAGCCAUCUCAAAUGUGGCUGAAAUUUGAAGCACCAUUCAGAGAAUAAUAUUAGAGCUUCUUUCUUGUAAAAAUGAUGAUUUCCAUUAGAGGGCAGUGUAGAACGGGAAACAGGCAUACAAAUUCAGCUUUCAAUUCUUCAGUUGAACAAUGGGAUCAAUUUCCAAUUUGAUGCCAUUGAGAUAAAUUAAAUAUUUUUCCUGACAGCGAGGUAUAUGAAAGCAGCCUUGUAAAGAGUGCGUGGACAUUUUUCUGUGAGGAUUAGAUUGACAGUCAUUUUAAUCUAUGCAUUAUAUCAUUUCUGCUAUUCUAUUUUUGCAAACCAGUAUCUCACUGACUUUUACUGAUUAAUCAAUGUCUACUGAACUGUAGUACAUUUUGAAGCAUCUUUGAAUGCAUCUGUACUGUUGGACUCACUUACAGCACUGUGCCAUCAGAGCACAAGUCCAGCCUCGAUGUUGAAGCAAGCAGGCAGAAGGCUGUAGACCGUCAGAUGAAGAAUGCAUUUCAGUGUGUGGUUUCACACAGGACUAAUGAUGCCUGUGGUGGCUACAGGCUUCAGUCAGCCCGUAACCAAGGCUGCUGUGACAGAGCCACCAGGGGAUCAUAUUUAAAAGGAGCACACUCUGAAGUGCACUGUAAGCGCCCUCUUUGCUUGUGGCUAAGUCAAGUCUAUGUAAUAGGCUUCACCACACAACAGAGGGAGUAAAAGGUAAACGAUACGUUCUAUGUAUUUAGUCAGAGAGACAGGCUGACAGAUUAGCAGAUGUGUGAGUAGUUUGGCCGAUACAGUUCAGGGAUCAGAGAAAAAUGCGUUAUGCACUUUGAUAACUUAUUAGUAUCAUGCAUGUGCAAGUCCUCUGUCAUCCUGGCCAUGUGAUUCAAUGGAAUUAUAAUGGCAUUAUGGACACCAUUAAAAGCGGUUGAGACUAUUUUAUUAUCCGCUCUGUUAAUCUCUGUGAAACCUCAAAUUUUGUCCUAAUAUUUGCCUCUGUGUGCGUGCGUGUGUGUGUGUGUCUGUGUGUGUGUCUGUGUGUGUGUGUGCAGGCAUGUGUGUGGGGGUAAAGUGGAUGAUAUUGAGUCUGACUUCAUAAAUCACCCAGACACUGAUAAACUCCCCAUACACCCACACACCGCUAAUGGGCAACCCUUAAGGAGUGUGGGUGUCUCGUGCAGCGUUUGAUUCAACAUUUAUUAACGCCCUCACACACACACACACGUGCACACACACACACACUCAAAAGAGCUUCUGGAGGCCCGAGGAAAGGGUCGGUGGCAUUCACAUCGUUAUUACAAGGAUGUGACCAAGUCAGGCUGAAUUAAUCAUUGCUGAUACUGUUAAGAUGUAUUUUGGCUUCUGUAACAAUAUUUCACACCAUUCCAUUUCAUAAGGUUUAUGCUGUCUCUAAUGUAACUCCCUACUUCUCAUCUCAUAUCCUGCCAUCCCUCCUCAUAACACAGUAAUUGUCUGCCCCCACAUCAAAUACAGACACUCUGUGCUCCAACCUCACACAGUCGACCAUAGUUACUCCCUAUACUAAUCCAUCACAUACCAGUGUAGUCACAACUCGCAUCGGCAAUUUCUAUAAAAGUCCUUCUCUGCUUACCUAUCAUGCAAUAUGUACAUCAGUCCAGCAGCCUCAUUUUACACUGUAGGCUUACACAUACCGUUUGGUUGUGUAUUCUAGUACCUCAACAUGUUAGUAGAACUAGAACACAGCACCCAGCAAGAGGCAGUAUAAUGCCUUUGAGAUUCCAGAGUAUUACACAUGCAGAUAAGCAUUGACCAACAGACCGAUAUUAUACUGGGCUCCACUGCCCUAUCAUGUUCCCUCCCCCUCUGUCAUGAUGCCUCUCCGAGGCCCUGACACCAAGGCACCAUGCAGCCAGACCAGCUUCCACAGCUGCUGCUCCAGCAGUCUAAUACACUGCGGAUGUAGCUAGGCAGGGGCAAGGCCAUGCAGAUGCGGUCUGAGUUUGGCAGUGGACACAUUGUAUCAUCUGCAAUGUCACACAUAAUGUUAACCCUUACAGAAAAACCACAUGUGAAAAUGUCAAUGUUUUGCUUCACAUGUGAAAUCAUGUGAUGAUAUUUCAUGAGAUUUCACAGGUGAUGCCCUCUGCAAACCAAAAUAAGUUGUUAGGAUGUCAUGCAGUUGCAGUGUUUUCAACAUGUUGUGCAUGUUAAUUCACACAGUUUUUAUUAUUCAAACAGUGAUUAUUAUUCAACAUGUCCUUAUCUGGGAUUUGAACUCAGAACCUCGUGGUUCAUAGUAUCCUGAUCUUCCUGCUACACCACCAUGUCUACGUCAAUAACUGAUUUAACCUGUAUUCCUACUCUUUGGACUUUAAAGUAAACCUCAGCUUUGUUAAAAAAAAAUACACAAGAAAAACUGUUAUAUUUAUCAUAGUGAUUCAGGAGUAACAUUAAAACAAAACAAUAUGCCCCAACAACAUUAGACAACUAUACAGAAAACCCUCAAAUUGCUGAAAUAAGUCAAUAAAAGCAAUGAUGAGAGAAUAGUCAGAUUAGCUGAUAACUAAAAUUGCAGUGCAGAUGGCACUCUGUUGCUAAGGGCUGAUAUGUAUUAUAGGUAUUGAAUCUGUAGGGGACUUCAGUGAGUGCUACAUACUUUGUGGUGCAGUAGAAAGAUCAGCAUACUCUAAAUCCAGACGGUUGUGAGUUCAAGUCCCAGGUCGGAUCAUAUUGAAUAGUCAGCACUAAGUGAUCAUGUUGAAUAAAGACAUUCACAUGUGAAAAUGUGAUUUUCACAUUUUCACAUAUUAUGUGAAAUAGCUGUUUUCACAUUUUGAGCUGAAAUGUUCAUGUGAAAACAAAAGAGACACGUGAGGUCGGUUGUUCUCAUGUGAAACCAUAUGUUUACAUGUAUAAAAUGUUGAGCUCAACACCUUUUCACAUGUGAGUAGGAUAAAAUAUUUUUACCUCAUGUGAAUUGCAGAUUUACAUGUGAAAAACUUUAAUGUGAAAAUCUCAUUUGCAUUUUCACAUGUGUAAACCUAACUCGCGUGGAAUUGCCGUUUCACGUGAAAACACUCAAAUGUUGUCACGUGUAGUAUAUGGACACCUGCUCGUCAAACAUCUCAUUCCAAAAUCAUGGAUAUUAAUAUGGAGUUGGUCCCCCCUUUGCUGCUAUAACUGCCUCCACUCUUCUGGGAAGGCUUUUCACUAGAUGUCGGAACAUUGCUGUGGGGACAUGCUUCCUUUCAGCCACAAGAGCAUUAGUGAGGUUGGGCGAUUAGGCCUGGCUCGCAGUCGGUGUACAAUUAGGGCUGUGGCGGUCACGAAAUGUCAUCAGCCGGUGAUUGUGAAGCAGAUAACUGUCGGUCUCACGGUAUUUUACCUUUAAUUAACAAACACAUUUAGCAUGUCCUGGCUUCCACAGCCUACAAGCCACUGAUGCAGACCUUUGUAACAUCUACUUUUUUAAAAGUCUAAUAUAUCCAUGUAAUAUAGCCUACACAUUCACAAUAAAUCCAUUAUUUAUUUUAGACAGGUCUAAAGAUGCAUGAUUUGAAGAAAAUGUAGUCUAUUUCAGAAGAAAUAUGUUAGGUCCUGAUGUGGCUAUGUCAAAUGGCUGUGGUCUACACUAGUUCAUAUAGCGGACAAGAUUUGCUUAGCAUUCCGUGGCAUUAUUUAAUUUUAAUUUUAUUUAUUUAUUUAAACUUUAUUGAACCAGGAAGGGCUCAUUGAGAUUUAAAAUCUCUUUUUCAAGAGCGUCUUGGCCAAGAUAGGCAUCACCAAGUCAAUACAAAAAUUACAGACAAACAACAUGAAAAACUACAAGUAAUCUAGUAAAAAGCAUAGAAUUCACAAGAGUAUAACAAAAUCAAAAACAGCAAAUGAAAAACAUUGACAGGUCAGGGAAUCAGUCUCAAGAUCAUUCAUCAGUGAUGUAAAAAUACCAAUCGGGACAAGUUGUUCCAGUUUAAAUGUCACGUCCUGACCUUAGUACCUUUUUUAUGUCUCUAUUUUGGUUUGGUCAGGGCUUGAGUUGGGGUGGGCAUUCUAUGUUUUGUUCUAUGUUUUUUAUUUCUGUGUUUGGCCUGGUAUGGUUCCCAAUCAGAGGCAGCUGUCUAUCGUCUCUGAUUGAGAACCAUACUUAGGUAGCCUGUUCCCACCUGUGUUUGUGGGUAGUUGUUUUGUGUUGUUUCACCUGACAGGACUGUUUCGUUUCUUACAUUCUCGUUGUUAUUUUUGUUUCGUGUUCUGUUAUAUUAAAAUAUUAACAUGGA